AGAAAUCAAAGUCGGUCAGUAAUAGAAAGGAGCAGUCCAUCAACGUGGAUCAGAACUGGGAUCCGACAUCUGCUCAUGUUGAUCCAGCUCCACACUGCUACAGCAGUUAGAUGAGGCCAUGACUGGGACACAGGUGCUGCUAGUGAGCCUCUUCCUCUCCCCCUACGUGCUCUUCAGUGCCAACAGCAGACAUGUUCCUGCAAGUGCUGAUGCCCCCAUGUCCAUUCGUGUUCUGCGGAGUCUGAAGGAAAAAUACAAAGACCUUCUCAGAACCAUUGAAACGGAGAGACGAACUGAUGGCUCCACAGAGGUAGAGACUACAUUUGUUUAUGCAUGUGUAGGUUUGGAAGAUGAGAUGAAGAACAUGAAGGUUGAUGUGGAAAAGCACAAAGCCAAAAAUAACGAACUGGAGGUGGAAAAUUUGCAUCUUAAGAAGAAGCUCAGGGAUGAGGUUGCUUCAAACAGACAAACUGGUUAUGAGACAGCGCUUCGCAUAGCUGAAAUGCAGUUGAAAUUAACUGGUUGGAUUGAUCAAAUGGGCUUUAAAACCGUCAAGAUCUCCAAGUUAACCCUUGAAGCCUUUUCAAAGUAUGUCGAAUUCAAAGACCUGGAGAUAAAGAUUAAAAAAGCCAAAGACUCCAAAACUAUUUCUGAGUUGAAAAAGCAGUUGGAGAAGAAGAAGAAGGAGCUGAGUCUUGCAGAACAGGAGCUGAUAGCCGCAGGGGGCUCCACAGACUUGGUUAAACAAGUGAUCAGUCUGCAGGAGAAAAUUCAUGAGUUGGAAAGCAGCGAGGCUGAUGAGGAUGUAUUAGAACAGAUAGCUGAGUUGAAGAGUCAGCUGGAGAAGAAGCAGGAAGAGCUCAAGAGCAAAGGUGGUAGUGAUGAAAGCUCUGCACUGAUUCCAGAAAUUGUUGCAUCACAAGAUGACAUUCUGAAAAUAUACAUCAAGAUGCAGACUUUGACAGAUCAGUCCAAGUCCAAACUUACUGAACUGGAAACACAACUAAAAGAGAAAAAUCGACAGCUGAAUCGUCUGCGUGAAUCUUCGGAUUCCUCCGCAUCUGCAGAUAUUGCUAAACUUGAGAAAGAAGUGAGAAAGUUAGAGGGCAAAAUGGAAGAUGAAAGGAGGGAUAAAGCUUCCACGAUCAAAGGGCUUGAAAAGGCCUUAAAGGAAAAGAAAGACCUGUUGCAGGGCAAGAUCAAGGAUCUCCAGGAUGACCACAACACUGAUUAUGACCUUAUCCUGAAGAUACUCACACAACAGCUGAGACUGGAGGAGGCCCAGAGUGCAUCGUGCUCCGGGCAGCCAGACACAGAUCACCUGCUCGCAGGAGUCCAGAGGCGACUGGCAGCCAAAGAGGAAGAGAUCCAGAGUCUUGAAGGACAAAACAAAAGGCUUGAGAAACAACUGGAGGAGAAGUCUGAGCAAUUCUCAGGUCUUUCAAACAAGAUAAAAGCUGCACAGAAGGAACUCAAGGAGAAGAGUGAACUGCUGGCAGCAACAGAAGAGGAGAAAUCAAAACAGAAAUUGAAGUUGCAAGAGAAGAUGGAGGAAAAUGCCAAACUGAAAAUCAGCAUUACAGUCUUGGAGAAAAGCAAAGCGGAGACAGAAGAUAGUUGUGCUUCUCUAAAGGAAAGAUACACAGAUUUGAAGACUAAGUUUGAAGAAGACAUGACUCAAAUAAAAGGCGUCCCUAAACUAAUUAUCAAGAUGAACAUGUUGAACAGUGAAAUCGAGACCCUCAAGAGGGAGAUAGACCGUGAGUCUGGGGACAAGAAAGAACUGAAGAGAAGACUGGAGAACAAGAAGAAAGAACUAGAGGAGGCAGAGAAAGAUCUUGGGAACAGAAGUCCAUCUUCCAAAGCCAUCAAAGAGCUUGUUGCUGUAAUAAGGGAACGAGUUAAAGAGGAGCCAGAAAACAUCCAAGAUUAUUUAAAACAGAUCUCAGACCUGGAGAAGGAGCUGGAUGAAAGGAUCGCUGCACUGGGUGACAAAGAGGCAGAGAACGUUCAGGCCAUGAUCAAAAUGAUGGCACUGCAGGAUGAGGUCACCCAAAUGAAGAGCAAAUUAUCCAAGGUCAAAAAGGAAACGUCCCAAAGGAUUGCUGAAAAAGAGAGUGAACUGGAGAGGAAGAGGCAGGAGAUUAAUCAGAUGAAAGCAUCAGACUGUGAAAGGAGUGAGAAAAGGAAGGAAGAGAUUGCCACUUUGGAGAGAGAAGCCAGAGAGCUGGAGGCCCAAUUAAAGCGUCUGAAAGACUCCGCUCAGAGAGAUAUUGCAGCUUUGGAAAAGCGUCUGAAGGAGAGGGAGCGGGAUCUUAAAGCCAACACUGAGAAACUACAGAGUGUGGAUGAGAAGAACGGAGAGCUACUUGCAAAGACCAUUAAAAUGCAAGAUGAAAUGAAUGCUCUCUUGAAUGGAGAGAAAGACCUAAAACAAAGGACUGCUGAUGAAAUUUCUGAUCUCAAGUCACAACUUCAAGUAAAGGAACAAGUCAUUACUACAUUAAAAGCAGCGAACAACGACCUGAUGAGUAGUGCUGAGGAGGCUAAAGAAUGUGCUGUUUUGAAAACAAGGAAUGAAGAUCUACAACAGGAACUGGGCAAGAAAGAUAAGGAUCUCUCCAAAAUGCAAAAAGAAAGAGAUGAAGCCCUAUCCUCACAGAAGGAAGCAGAGGAUGAUCUUAAAAAACUGAAACAGACAUCAGCUGCUUUGGAGAAUGAGAAAAACAACUUGCUGGAUUCCUUGAAUAGAAAAGAAAAAGAGAACCAGAGUCUUAAAGACAAAGUUGAAGAUUUUGAGAAGAAGAAAAAUAAAGAUGAAGAAAAUGCAGUACACAUUGCUCAGCCAGCCAUAGACCCUGACACAGCUCACCCAAAACUGCAGCUGUCGCACAGUAACUCUGAAAUGAAACUUCUACAGACAGCACUCAAUGUGCCAGAAGGCCCAGCACGCUACAAUCAUGUUAUAGGGGCUCUGGCUAGCACUGGGUUUGAUAAAGGCAGGCAGUACUGGGAGGUUGGUGUGGCUGGAAAACCUUGUUACAUCUUAGGGGUAGCUGGUGAAACUGCUCCAAGAGAAGGACCCAUAACGUUUGACCCCAAGAAUCAGUACUGGACCCUGAUGUUGACAAGAACUGAUAUUCUCAGUACAGCUCAAAGAAAGAAAACUAAGCUGAGAGAGGUGGGGCAAGCCAAGCCAAGAAAGAUUGGAGUGCUGAUAGAUUUCAAAAAGAAAGAAAUUGCCUUUUAUGACGCAGGGACUAAAGCUCUCUUGCACACAUUCAGUAACAUAGAAGUGAAGUCAAAGCUCUUUCCCUUUAUGAGCACAUGUGAGGACACGGAGGAGGGUUCACCUCCAAUGGUGUUCAAUGCAGUCGCCUCUGUUGAUUGGCUGAAAUCUUAAAAUGUACCCUCUUAAAAUGGCUUCCCACUGUUUCCAAUGUUGAGUUCAUCUCUGCAUCUGUUUUGUUUUAAUGCUCAACUGCCAAUUACAUCACAUUGUGUGCACAAGAUCAUACAUUAAAGCAAUAUUAUAUUAAAGCAA